GCGUCCACUUAAAGAAGGAAUGAAACAUAAGUAUCAUCAUGUUUGCGAGGGAAUUGCAAAGCAGGGAGAAUCCACCAGUCUGAAUAAGAUCUACACAGAUCUGUACAUCACUGAAGGUGGAGCUGGACACGUCAACAAAGAACAUGAAGUGAGACGUAUUGAGAAAAAUCAGAUGCAGCAAGACGUACAGAUUGAAUGCAGGAACAUGUUUGAACUUUUACCUGGACAAGACAGACCCAUCAGAACUGUGCUGACACAGGGAGUUGCAGGAAUUGGAAAAUCGAUCUGUGUCCAGAAGUUUAUUUUGGACUGGGCUGAAGGUGAACAUCGGGACAUCCAGUUCAUAUUUCCACUUCCUUUCCGGGAACUGAACUUAGUGAAAGAAGAUCACAGUUUGAUGGACAUCAUCAGUUUUUUCUUCCCAGAGACAAAAGGCCUGAUAUUAACAGACCUGUACAAAGUCAUGUUCAUCCUUGAUGGACUGGAUGAAUGUCAACUUCCAUUGUCAUUCCAGAAAAAUGAAAUCUUGCAAAAUGUCUGUAAACAAGCCUCACUGGAUGUUGUGCUGACAAACCUCAUCAAGGGAAAUCUGCUCCCCUCAGCUCAGAUCUGGAUAACAACAAGACCAGCUGCAGCCAGUAUGAUCCCUGCAGAGUGUGUUGACCGGGUGUCAGAGGUCCGCGGCUUCAAUGAUCAGCAGAAGGAGGAGUACUUCAGAAGAAGAAUCAGUGAUCAGGUUAUGGCCAACAAAAUAAUUGAAUACAUUAAACAGUCAAGAAGCCUCUUCAUCAUGUGCCAUAUCCCAGUGUUCUGUUGGAUAUCAGCCACUGUGCUUCAGAAAAUUCUGCAAGACACAGAGAGUGAGAAAACACCAAAGACCCUGACAAACAUGUACACAUGCUUUCUGAUCUUUCAGGCUGUGCAGGGAAAUGUGAAAUACACUGGGAAAAAUGCCUUGGACAUACCAUGGAAUAAAGAGGCCAUUCUGGCACUGGGAAAGUUGGCUUUUCAGCAGUUGGAAGAAAACAAUCUGAUCUUCUAUGCAGGGCAUUUAAAAGCAUGUGAAAUUGACCCCAGUAAGAUAUCAGUGUACUCAGGACUGUGCACUCAGGAGACUGUCAGAUUUCUCGGUACAGUUUUCAGCUUUGUUCAUCUGAGCAUUCAGGAGUUCCUCGCUGCAUUAUUUGCAUACUUAUCGCUCAGAAAUGACAACAGAAACGUUUUUCAACCACAGUCCUCAUCACAGGAGAGCAAAACAACCAAGCUUGAUUUUUUCAAGACUGCAGUAGACAAGGCUUUGGAGAGUGACCAUGGCCACCUGGAUCUCUUCCUUCGCUUCCUUUUGGGUCUCUCACUGGAGUCUAAUGAGGUACUAAUCCGAGGUCUGUUGACUCAGACAGGAAGUAGUUCUGACUGCAGGAAGGAAAUAGUCGAGUACAUCAAGAUAAAGUUUAGGGAAAAUCCCUCUCCAGAGAGAUCCAUCAAUCUGAUCUACUGUCUGAACGAGUUAAACGAUGAUUCUCUGGUGAAAGAGAUCCAGAGUUACAUGAGUUCAGGACGUCUCGCUGAAGCUGAACUCUCACCUGCUCAGUGGUCAGCUCUGGUCUUUGUGCUGCUGACAUCUAAAGAGAAGCUGGAGGAGUUUGAUCUGAAGAAGUUCAUCAGAUCAGAGGAGUGUCUGAACAGACUGUUACCAGUCGUCCAGGAAGCCACAAGUGUUCUGCUCAGUGACUGUAACCUGACAGAGAGAAGCUGUUCAGCUCUUCUCAGGGUUCUCAGUUCAGAAUCCUCUACACUAACUCUGCUGGAUCUGAGCAACAAUCCCAUACAGGACUGUGGAGUAGAGCUUCUCUCUAAUGGACUGAAGAGUUCAAAAUGUAAACUGGAGACACUGAGUCUUUCAGACUGUGGUAUAACGGUGGAAGGAUAUGCUGCUCUGGCUUCAGCUCUAAAAUCAAACCCAUCAUCACAUCUGAUAGAGUUAGAUCUCAGAGGGAACGAUCCUGGAGACACAGGAGUAAAGAAACUUCAUGAUUUGCUUGUGGAUCCACAGCAUAAACUGAGCAAACUGAGGUUGUGUGAUUGUAAUAUAACUGAUGAAGGCAGUGCGUCUCUGUGUUCAGCUCUGAAAUCAAACCCCUCACAUAUAAGAGAGCUGGAACUGAGUAAUAAUAGACUAGGAGAUUCAGGUAUUAAGCACAUCACUGAUCUCCUGCAGAAUCCAAACUGCCUACUAGAAAAACUAAUGUUAAAUAACAAUGGUUUUACAGAAAAAGACUGUGCUGAUCUGGAAAAAGCAUUUCGCAUAAAUCCCUCACACCUGAAAGAAUUAGAUCUGAGUGGGAAUAAACUGGGAAACUCUGGAGUGAAGAAGAUGUCUGACCUACUGAAGAUGUCAGAGUGGAAACUGACAAAACUAAAUAUCUCAGACUGUAGUGUAACAGAGGAAGGAUAUGCUGAUCUGGUUUCAGCUCUGAAAUCAAACUCAUCACUGGUAGAGCUGGAUCUCAGAGACAAUGAUCCUGGAAAUACAGGAGUGAAGAAAUUUACUGACUUACUGAAGGAACCAAAUUGUAAACUGAAGACAGUGAGGUUUUUGAAGACUUCUGCUGCAGAGGAAGCCUGUGCUUCUCUUUCUGCAGAUCUGGGAGUGAAUCUCUUGCUGCAGACAGAGCUGAACCUGAGCAGGAAUCCAGCAGGACUUUCAGGAGAUUCCAGAGUGAAACUACUGUGUGAUUUACUGCAGGACACACACUGCAAACUGAGGAAACUCAAGAACAACGAUGAUGAUCUAACAGAAGAAAGCUGUUUUGCUUUAGCUUCAAUUCUUACCUCAUCCUCUCUGGUAGAACUUGACCUGAGCAAUAACAACCUGCAGGAUUCAGGAGUGAAAAAACUCUGCAUGGCUCUGAAAGAUCCUCUGUGUAAACUGGAGACUCUGAGGCUUUCAUAUUGUUGUGUAAGGGAGGAUGGCUAUAAAGCUUUGGUUUCAGCUCUGAGCUCAAAUGCCUCUUCACGUUUAGGAGAGCUGGAUCUCAGAGGGAAUGAUCCUGGAGACAGAGGAGUGGAGCUGCUUGUUGACUUGUUUGUGAAACAGUAUUGCAAUCAGAAAAAACUAAGGCUGCUGAAAAGUGAUGCUGCAGAGGAAGCCUACACUCAUCUUAAACGCAGACUGGACGAAGACCCCUUAGUGCAGAGAAAGUUGGAUCUGAGUAAGAUUGACCCAAAUAAGAUAACAGUGAAGCAGAUGUCUGAGCUACUGGAGGAUCCACAUUGCAGACUGAGGAAACUCACGAUGUAUAAAGCUGGCAGUAUUAGAGAGACAGACUGUACUGAUCUGAUUUCUGCUCUGAUUAUCAAUCCCUCACACCUGAUAGAGCUGAAUCUGAAUGAAAAUAAACUAGAUAUCAAAGGACUCCUAAAGCUCUGUGAUCUACUGAAGAAUUCUCAUUGUAAACUGGAGAAACUAAGUCUCAGUGGUUGCUGUAUCGCAGAGGAAGGAUAUGCUGCUCUGGCUUCAGCUCUGAAAUCAAAUCCAUCAUCCUCCCUGAGAGAGUUUGAUCUCCGAGGAAACAACCCUGGAAACACAGGGGUGGAGCUAAUCACUGACCCGGACUGUAAACUAAAAACUCUUAGGUUGUUAAAAAGCUCUGCUGCAGAAGAAGUCUGUGCUUCUCUGACUAAAGUUCUAGGAAUAAACCCCUUACUGCUGAGAGAUCUGGAUCUGAGUGGAAAAUUACAAGGAGAUUCAGGAAUCAAGCAACUCCCUGAUCUGCUGAAGGAUCCACACUGCAGAACAGAGAAAAUAAAGCUGAAGGACAGCAGGAUUACAGAGGAAGAGUGUGCAGCUCUGUUAUCAGCUCUUUGUUCGAAUCCUUCACACCUGGUAGAGCUGGAUCUGAGUGGAAGUAAAGUAGGAAACUCUGGAGUGGAGACAAUUUCUCAGCUACUAAAGAAUUCUGAAGGAAAAAUGAAAAAGCUAAAUCUCUCAGACUGCAGUAUAUCAGAGAAAGGAUAUUCUGCUCUAGCAUCAGCUCUGAAAUCAAACCCCACAUCACCACUGAUGGAGCUAGAUCUAAGAGGGAAUGAUCCUGGAGAUAAAGGAGUAAAGCUGCUUACUGAUCUAAAAGAAGAAAAGAAGUACAACCUCAUCAUACUAAGGCUGUUGAAAAGUCCUGCUGCAGAGAAAAUAUGUGCUUCUCUGAGCAAAAUUCUACAGACAAACCCUUUACUGCUGACAAAACUUGAUCUGAGUAGAAAAAUAAAAGGAGAAUCAGAAGCGAAGCAGCUCUCUGAUCUACUGAAGGAUUUACACUGCAGAACUCAGAUAGUCAGGCUGAAUAACUGCAGUAUUACAGAGAAAGGCUGUGAAUCACUCUCAGCAGCUCUUUGUUCUAAUCCUUCUCAUCUGAUCGAGCUGGAUCUAAGUGAUAAUAAUCUAGGAAACUCUGGCGUGAAGCAUAUUUGUACAUUACUGACCAGUCAGUACAGUAAACUGCAGAGACUUGUACUUUCAUGUUGCAGUGUAACAGGGGAGGGAUAUGAUGCUCUGACUUCAGCUUUGAAAUCAAACUCCUCAUCACCCCUGAUAGAGCUGGAUCUCAGAGGAAACGAUCCUGAAAAUACAGGAGAGGAUCUUAUCAGCUACUUCACUUGUGUCUCUAAGGGUACGAGGAAAACCCUAAGGCUUCUGAAAAGUGAUGAUGCAGAGGAAGCCUACAACUGUUUAAAACACAAUCUGCAGAAAAACCCUUUACUGCCAAUCGAGCUGAAUCUGAGUAAAACUGAACCACAACAGAUUAAAGUGAAGCCACUGUCUGCUCUGCUGGAGGAUCCGCACUGCAAACUGAAGAAACUUAUAAUCUACAAAACAGGCAGCAUUACAGAGAGAGACUGUGAUGAUUUGAUUUCUGCUCUGGUUAAAAAUCCCUCACACCUGAAACAGCUGGAUCUGAACAAGAACAAACUAGACAGAUCAGGACUCCAAAAGCUCUGUGAUCUACUGAAGAAUCCUCACUGUAGACUGGAGCAACUGAGUCUCAAUAGUUGCUGUAUCUCAGAGGAUGGAUAUGUUGAUGUGGCUUCAGCUCUGGAAUCGAACCCCUCAUCACACCUGGUAGCGCUGGAUCUCAGAGACAAUGAUCCUGGAGACACAGGAGUGAAGCUGCUCUCUAAUUUACUAAAUAAUCAACACAGAAAACUGAAGACAAUUAGGCUGCUGAACAGCUCUGCUGCAGAGGAUUUCUGUGAUUCUCUGACUGAAGCUCUAGGAACAAACACUUUACUGCUAACAGAAUUGAAUCUGAGUGAGAAAAUAACAGGAGACUCAGCAGUGCAGCAGCUCUCUGAUCUACUAAAGGAUUUACACUGCAGAACUAAGAUACUGAAGUAA